GAACCACGAUCCCCUUGAUCUCCUUUAUCGCCCUGAUCUCCCUUGUCACCUUGAAUGCCUUGUUGACCUUGAUCUCCUUGUGGUCCUUGUGGCCCUGGGAUACCCCGUGGUCCUAUAGAACAAAAGCAUUUAUGAAUGAUAAAGUUAUAUUAAAUAUAUUAUGUGGAUUAAAUGUAUAGAUUUCUUAGAUUGAAUAGAAAACAUAAUUACGUACCAGUUCUGCAGGCUUUGCAUCUGAUGCAAAGGAAGUUGUUACUCCAUUCUCCUGAAACUUGUGGUGUCUUGGUUGUGGCAAAUGAAAUGCAAUGGUGACAAGAUGAGGUGAUUGGACCGUUUUGUGACCAAGCCAAAACAUAUGGGGAGUCAUUUGGCACACAGAUGUAAUUGUUGUUCCAUCCCCUUGAAGGCAAGAUGCAGGGCAGCUGAUAUCAAAAUGUUGGGAAGAAAACAAGGGAAACUGGUUGUCAAUGAACCCAUCCUUAAAAUGAAGUUUAACAAGCGACCUGGUCCGCAACGUUGGACACAAUAAAACUGCUCUGUAGAAUAUAACUUAAGAAGAGCGUGCCACCAGAAAUAAUGAAGAGUGUUAUAUUGGUAACUGUGGUUGCACUCUUUGCACCUUCGCUGGUUGCAGGUGUAAAGAAGUAUCCACGAUUUCCACACGAUUUCCGUUUUGAACCAUUUACCCAACCCACCACUGAUCCUUAUACACCUUAUGGAUAUAGCUAUAAAUGUAUAACAUGGGACAACACAGCUAUGUCGAAUGCUUAUUCAUGGAAAGGUUACUUUUGCUGGAGAGUAGGACCUACACUCUUAGAUGCUAACAUCGAAUGGUCAACUAACGGUCCAAUCGCAAACAAAAGAUGUACCCAUAUCACCGAACCUGAUGAUCAAGAUGCCUCAGGAAAUCCACGAAUGCGAAACUCGUACUUGUGUGUACCAACAGAUUCUCCCUACCAUUUUGCUUUCUCUAACUCUGGAUUGAUCCAAAGUCCAUGCUCUGACUGCUUAGCCACACAAAUCACAUCAACAACAAACUACGGAUGGGGAAACAAUUAUUUGUGCAGUCUUUGUAUCACUCUUGUAAGCGGACCACAAGGUCCACAAGGACCUAUUGGACCUAAAGGACAAAUAGGUGAUCAAGGACUCAAAGGAGAACAAGGAGAGAAAGGAGACAAAGGUUCUAAGGGGAGAACGGGACCAGAAGGCUACCAAGGUGCAAAAGGAGAUAAAGGAGAUAUGGGUGACAAGGGUGAGACUGGUGAUCAAGGUCCAGCAAAUUCUCCUGCACUAAAGGGUAUAAAAGGUGACCGAGGUGAUCAGGGACCCAAUGGACGUAAAGGAGUCACUGGAGGUGAAGGACUCAAAGGUAUUACUGGUGAUGUCGGCAUUGUAGGUCCAGUUGGCAUGCAAGGCGAAACAGGUGAUGCAGGGCGUAAUGGCAGAAAGGGGGAAAAAGGUAUGACAGGAAUCAAAGGACUGACAGGAGUGAAAGGAGAUAGAGGUGAUGCAGGAAGUCAGGGUGAUGAUGGGGUUGCUGGCACUGAUGGAAGCAAAGGUCUAACCGGAGACAAAGGAGAUAAAGGAGAAACUGGUGACACUGGAUCAAAAGGACCAGAUGGUGCCAAUGGUUUAAACGGUAAUGAUGGCGCCACUGGAGAAAAAGGACCGAAAGGAAUGGUAGGUGAAAAGGGACCUAAAGGAGAUAUUGGUGAGAAAGGUUUGAUGGGAAAUCAGGGUGAAAAGGGAAGACAAGGAAUGCAAGGACCUGCUGGCCAAACAGGACCACGAGGAGAUACAGGACCACAAGGGAAUAGGGGCGUGAUUGGACCAAAAGGAUUUAAAGGAAGGACUGGUGCUAAAGGUAGCAGAGGAACAGCAGGGGCUACUGGAUUAAAAGGAGAAAGAGGCGUACGAGGUGAUAAGGGAGCAAAUGGAAAUACAGGCUUAAAAGGAGGGAAAGGUCUUAAAGGAGAUGUUGGUGACCGUGGAGCAACCGGAGCACAAGGUGUAAAAGGAGCUAAAGGUGACACUGGAGAUGAAGGAGCACAGGGAGCAACAGGAAGUAAGGGUGAAAUUGGAGAUCAAGGACCUGUUGGACACCAAGGGGAGACUGGAUACGAUGGAGCACAAGGAUCGGAUGGAGAACAAGGAGAAAAAGGAGACCGAGGAGACACAGGAGACCAGGGAGCAAAUGGACAACAAGGACAAAAGGGACAAACCGGAAAUAAAGGUGCAACUGGAGAUCUCGAAUCCAUUGGUGAAACUGGCAUUAAAGGAGAAAAAGGAGACAGAGGAGACACUGGUGCCACUGGUGCAAAAGGACCUAGAGGUGACCAAGGUGAAACUGGUUCCAAAGGUGUUACAGGACAAACUGGUAAUACUGGAGCAACUGGCAACAAAGGUGAAACUGGUAAUAAUGGCGCUAAAGGUCCCGAUGGCAUAAGAGGAAUUGACGGAGAAAAAGGUGAGAAAGGAGACCAGGGCGAUGUUGGACCAUCCGGAGGACCAGGUCUGAAAGGAGAGAAAGGUGACAAAGGAGAUCAAGGUGACACUGGAGAUAUGGGAUCUAAAGGAGCAACUGGAGAUGCAGGUUCCAAUGGAAGCAAGGGCGCAAAAGGUGAUAAAGGAGAUAAAGGGGAUACUGGUGAUCAAGGACAACAAGGUAUUGCUGGUGCCGAUGGAUCGAAUGGAAGCAAGGGAGGAAAAGGUGAUAAAGGUGAAAAAGGAGACACCGGAGAUAUUGGAAAUACUGGCGCACAAGGUGAUAAAGGAGAUAAAGGUGACGGUGGUAACCAAGGACCUAAAGGAGAUGUAGGACUUGCUGGUCCAGCUGGUGCUAAAGGUGACAAGGGUCCAAAAGGUCAACCUGCAUUCUUUUCUCUCGCAUGCACACUGAAAAAGUUAGCUGGUAAUACUGUAACAUGCGCAAGUGGAAAAGUACUUGGCUGCAGUUGCACGACAUGUAGUAAAUACGAGCUUUCAAAUGAUGGCAAGACCUGCACAUGCAAAUGCCCUGCACCAAAACCACCAGCAGGACAACCUAGCUACUAUGCACCAAAGGUCUUUGCAACGGCACAAUGUUGCCAAGCCCUCAAGAAGACAACCCACGAUGAACCGGCCGCUGAUGCACCUGAAGAAGAUCUGGAUGAGUUUGAUACAGAGCUUCAACAACGUAUCAAGGAUGAACGAAAAAGACAAAUGGACGACACAAGUUCAAGCAAAGUCGAUCUUGACGAUGAACUGGAAAAAGAUUUGGAAAACGAAUCCUUCCAUGACGAAGAAUAGACCGCUAUAAAAUAAUAUCUCGGGUUUCAUAUAAUCCCUAUUCCCUAUGUUUGCAUACUGUAAGAUUCUUUUCUAAAAUUUCAAAACAUUUAAGCCGUGAUAAGUAAUAAUUCUACAUUGAUCUUCGCAUACUUACUCAAUCAAUAUCUUUAAUUUAAAUUUUU